AUGUCUUCAUUAAACUUCACCUCCUCUUUUCCCCACAGCCAAAACGGCCAAAAUGGUUCUUUCUGGAACCCUACCUCGCCACUAGCUGCUACUCAUCACCGCAGACAGAGCGAGUAUCUCUCCAGAACCAUGACCAAUGCUCUAGGCACAGUUCCAUUACCCAACUUCAACUUCGACGAACAUAAGCCACGUCGAAUUACUUCUCCAUUAUCCAAUGUGAAACCCAUUGGAUUUGAGAGAACAAUCUCCCGUCAAAUGGGAUAUUCACACUUCAGCAUCUCGGAAGUUGGAGUCGAUGUGCCUUUGUUUGAAGAAGAAGAAGAAGAAGGUGGUGAUAAUACGCCGAUCAUCACCCAGUCUUUGGUUUGUGGUCUCCAUCCAAUUCGACAUGGAGCAUCUUCUUCAAGGCAGGAAGAUAAUAUAUCUGUUCUAGAUCUUGAGACUUCUGUUGCGGGACUGAACAUCGACGAGAAUACUUCUCUCUCAAAGAGGAAGAAAUCCUACGGUACCCUACAGGAGUAUGUUCCGUAUGCUCAUGCUCGUGAUCAUACUGCAAAUACGGGUAUGGACCCUUCCAACGUCAUCGGCGGACAUCGCGAUGUCACUGCAAUCUUUCUAGGACCACAAGUCCAGAGCAGUCUACCCGUGAGUGAUGGUGCACCACACGCACCACCUAGUCAAAAUCAACCACUUGCUCAUCGUGCUGUGGGAUAUCAACACAAGAGAACCAUGACCAGCUACGGAGGUCCUGGGCAGUAUAUGUCACAGUUCAAUGCACAGGUAGUUGGUAGUCCAUCGAACAUUGAUGGUGACAGCACCCGCAACAGUCAGACGCCGACUAAUAGCUUUGUACACCAACAAGGCAAUAAAGUACCACAUAGCUUGAGAACUCCUAUCGGAAACUCGCACUCAGGUGCGUAUUCCGCUCAAUAUAAACCAAACGCUACCUCCGCCAGCGUUCUAUCAAUAGUUGCCCAGACCUCAAACCACAGAUCUGGCGCAACAUUCCAGUCCAGAGUACGGCCAACGGACCAGCUUCUGCGAGAACAAGGACUCCUCCCAGCCCUCCCCGUCUCCACCCCAGCCGCCUCGCACUACCUCGGCGACCACGACGACCGCGAUUUCCCCAAUAAAUUCGGGGGUGAAGCCAAUCUCCCCAGCGAGUUAAACUGCGCAGUCUGGAUCCAAGGCAUCCCCAAAGACUUCGCUCGACAAUUCCUCUACCAGGAACUCUUCAACGUUGUAUCUACUGGCCCCAUAAUCGCAGCGUACAUCUGUCUCAGGGGCGAUCAGCAUCCCCACCACGCAGCAAAGGUAGUAUUUAAACACCCUGAGCACGCUGCUCGUUUAUUUCAGCGAGCUUUCUUCCAGGGAAUCUACAUCAAUGGGAACCGUAUUCGUGUUGAGCCAAAUAGACAUGGUCACCGUGAAUUUCCGCUUAGACUGCAUUACCAAAGUCGCGUGGUCCUGAUUGAGGUGUUUAAUAAUGCCAGUAUGGAUCUUGCGUUCUGGCAGACGUUUCUCGCCAAUUUGUGCGUGUAUGAUAUGGAGAAUUGUAAACAUCUAUCCUACAGUACUCCACAACGAAUGGUGAUGGAGUUUCGAUUUGCGCGGAUCUUUGGACAGGCGUCGGUUUUACUUGCGGGAAUUAGAAAUACCGCGUCAUUUGAGGGAAUUGUCACAGCGAGAUACAUUCCAGAUGUGCCUUGCGAUAUCUGUGACAUGUACUGA